AUGCCAUCCAGGGCAAAGCGAGCCGCAGCAGGGGCACCACAAGGAGCAGCCCAGUACUACCCUGGCAAUCGCAGCCUUGCAGCCCCCAAGCAGCACUACCCAGAUACAGCGCCUGGACCUGGCACUGUCCCAGCUCAGCUGUUGCCAACUGCAUCAUUCCCUGCGCUGCCCUCCCAGCAGGAGUUCGCUGCCGCACUCGCGCAAGGGCCAUUGCAGCAUCUGGGAGCCCCAGAGCCGUACGAUCCGCUGCGGCACGGCCCGGUGGCACAGCAGGUGCACAGCUCGAGCGGCGGCCUCUCCACCUUCCAGUUUGCUGCAGGGGCAGCACAGCCCAUGCCAGCCAUGCGGCCUGUGAGCAUCCAUCAGACAGAGACGGGGACGAGGGCACCACCGUCCCAAGCAGGGCACCCCUUGGCAGCCGCCGCUACCAGAGAGUCCGCAGAGCAGGCAGCAGCGCAGUUUUUCCAGUCCCUGAGUCAGCAAGGGAUCCAGGGGGGACCUGGGGGGUCCUCAAACAGCCCUGCGCAGCCAGCAGGCCAAGCCACUGUCAACCAGGCAAAUGAAGACGGAAUGCCAGCCAGCACAGUGGCGGCACAUGCGCAGACCAAUGGUGUUAAGGGCCCAGAUGCAGAAGGGGGGGUUGCCCUGGCUGAUGUCAUUGUGUGGCGGAGAGGGCAGUGGGUCGGCCCCUCCCCUCGCGAGCACAUGCUUGAGUGGUCUCUCAAGCACAUGCUCCCGCGGCCAUGCUACGAUGUAAUGCAGAGCUCCGACGCACCUUCUCUGUUCCAGGCUACAUGCAUCCUGCCGCACUUGGCCUUGCAGGUCACCCCAGUGGUGCCAUACGCUGCACCGGAAGAUGCUGAGCAGAACGCGGCGCUGAUGGCAAUCGUGUACAUCGAGGGCGCCCUGGCGAAGGACAGCGCGAUGUGCACGCUGACGCGGGUCGGGCAGCCCGCGCUGCCCGGCUGGACGCCCGUGCAGGUCAACAGCCCCGCGCUGCCCAGCCAUGCGCAGCUCGUCAAAGAGAUGCUGGAUCAGGAAUUUGAGGUGCGCAAGGUUGCGCUGGGCAAGGAGCAGGAUAUGUUGAAGAUACAGCAGGAGGCUCUGCUGCAGGGCGGACCCAAUGCCCAGAGUAUCGCUGCAAACCUGUUCAAGGAGCUCAAUGAUCCAGGCGGCACGGAGGACGGACCAGCGUUGAAGAAGCAGCGCAUGCAGGCGCCUCAGGUCAAGGGGCCUGUGCAGGAGCUGAAGGAGUUCUGCGAGAAGCACAAGUGGCAGCUGCCCACGUACGAGUUCAGUCCUGGGCCGGAGGGGCGCGGCUAUGUGUGCCGGCUGACACUGCCGGACGCCAAUAUCAGCGGCAUGCAGAGUGGGCUGCAGCCCAACCAGAAGGCGGCCAAGGCCGAAGUCUCUGUGGACGGCCUCAAAGUGGCCCACAUCUAUGCCGCCCAGGAGGAGCAAUCCUGA